AUGAAAGUAGCUGACUGUUGGAAGAACAACUCUUGGGCCUUACACGACAAUCUUCAAAUUGCUAUGCCUGACCUUUUAGAAACCAUAGCUCCCUUUUCAGUCUCUGAUCUGAACAUGGAAGACUCUCUUGCUUGGAAAGAUGUGGAAAAUGGGAAUCUCACCAUUAAGCAUGCCUAUAAUAUGACUGCUAAACCGGUUAGCAUUGCUCACUGGUCCAUGUUUCCUUGGGACAAAGACACGACUCCUGCUCAUUCCAUUUUCGUUUGGAGGCUCUUUCACAAUAGAAUUCCCACUGAUGAGAAUUUUGCUCUCUCUAUUCCUAUCUCUGAUUUGGUUGAUUGCCUCAAGGUUCUCAGCUUGGAUUGGAGUCCCCAGGCCCUAACAGUUAUCAAGGCUAGCAUUUCCUUCUCUCUUUAUCAAAUCUGGCAGGCAAGGAACAUUCAUAGGUUUGAAAACAAAGCUAUUCAUUGGAAGACUUGUUGCUCAAACAUUGCAGCCAGGGCAAAAUUGGUUGGGAAGUUAACAUCUAAAAAGACAAACAACUCUCUGCGCAGCUUCUCCUUCCUUAAGGCUUUGGAUAUUUUGCUGCACCCUUGCAAUCAGCUAGCCACUCGUGAUGUCCUUUGGUGCCCGCCGGUGUGUGGUUGGGUCAAGUGCAACAUUGAUGGAGUCGCAAAUGGCUCCCCUAUGGUGGCUGCCUAUGGCGGAAUUUUCAGGGAUGAUAAAACCCAUCAUAUUUGUAGUUUCAGUGCUUUUCUAAGGGAAGGCAGUCCAGUCUAUGCUGAAUUUAUGGCAGCUAUUCUUGCCAUGGAAAGAGCUAAGCAUUGUCAAUGGAAGAAACUUUGGAUUGAAACUGACUGCUUAUUAGUUGUGAAGGCUUUCUCCAAUGUUCUUUUAGUGCCGUGGAGAAUCAAAUCUCGUUGGCUUACGUGUUAG